UUGGUGACAUUAUUUAAACAUGCUGAUUACGCGUCUUUCUUCGCUAAGGAAAGUGACAAAUAACUUAUCUAUGAUAAAAUCGAUCACAGCAAUGUGUCAAACAAAUAUUAUGCCUCCCAACAUUACAGCAAUCGUUGCAAACAACAAAAAUACACUUAAAAAACUGUUAGCCAACUAACAAGUUUCAAAAACCAUAAUUGCAAUCCGUUUCAAUUUUCAGGGGCACCCAACGAGAAUAUAGUUGAAAACCACUUAAACAUAGCAUUGUUAAACGUAUUUUAGUAUUUAAACGGUAGAUAUAGGCAUCUUUUUAUCGCCUAAAAAUUUUUCAUCUGUUCGGAUUUCCUAGCUGAAAGUCUAGCGAUCCGAAAAUCAUAGGGAUCAAAACUUACCUUUUCGAAAAUUUCAGCCAGAAAAAAGAAUCCCGAAACUUCUAGCUGACCUUUUUACGGUAAAAAUCCGUUUAAAAUGGGCAAUUAUACCAUUUUUUAGAUGUUCGAAAAUCCUAGGAGAGGCAGGCAAGCAAGAAAUUUUACAACAAAUGUUCCGAAAAUUCUAGAUCUCAAAUCGUCUUCCCAACAGAUAUUUUCCGAAGAUUGACGUUGGGUGCCCCUGAAUUUUGUCCAUCCGUGCCUCCCUUUGUAAUUGUUUGUGUUAUUUGUGCCUUCUUUUCAUGUUUUAAGCAGUUAUUCAAAUGAUUUACGCUAUUUGGUGGCGGUCCAACUGUUUAGAUUUUGAUAAAUUUGUGGCACAGCUCGUAUACAUUUCCCUCUUUCUCAAUUGUUUUUGUAGAUGAUAUCGAGCUGGCAGCACCAGAGCAAGGGCAGGCCCUCAAAAGAGAAUUCAAGAACUGUGACCAGGACAUCGUCCGUGGAGUAUGUACAACCAGGCUGAAUUGCAAACCAGAGAAACAUAGAAGGAUAUGCGCAAAUGCUUGGUGUAACAAUGCAAACCAUGUGUGCUGUACAUGGUCCAGCGAGCAUUGCUAAACUACACGACAGGCUUGAAAUGAUGUAAGAGAUUCCUUUAUCGAAGCCUCCCAGCGGGUUUACUCACAGGAAACCCAGGCUCUGUGAUAGUACCACAGUACAGUUUCAGUAAAAUCGCAAUGUUUGCUGAUGGGCAAAGAGGUUGAAGGAGCAUGGAAGCUCAGAUGCCAUCUCGUGCUUCCUACCUUCUGUCGUAAUAUUGUAAGGGGGGGUAAAUUAUCACGAAAAUUCGUUUGAGCAUUGGAAAAGGACAACAACAACUAACUGCAGAAUAAGUUUCAUUGACCUUUAUUUAGUAUUUCCUACAAAUUUUAGAAUCGUAUUUUUACCCCAUAUAAACACUCUAAUUUUACUGGAACAGAGCCUGGGUUACCAGUGGUUUACUCAGUUUUUUCAGGGGGAAGGGAAGGGGGUGGGGCGGAUGGGGACUGCUUAUUGGAAAGGUGUAGUAAUUGGAGAAAGUGGCUUAUUUUAAGAGGUAACAGUAUAACUGACAAACUCAGUGAAGGAUGAAAAAUCGAAUUUGAAACAGUGUAAUGAGUAUCCAAUAUGGCUGUUCCCUGAGAGAUCAACGAAGAGGGGAGGGGAGGCUUAGGCGAGAGGCAUUUCAACCCCAAAACUUAGGGGUGGGCUGACAUACGUAUAGGAUUGACAGAUAUAUAUAUAUAUCAAGGAACAAUUCUUGCAAACACCACUUGAAAAAAAAUAGAAGAGAAAAAAAGCCCUAUCUGGGAAUAGAUCAGGCCGAGAUCAGCAACAGGGAAUAGCUGAACUAAAAAUUAAAAGGAAAGCUAUUUACAUGGAGGUCGGGGACCCCAGAUAGGUGAGGUAACAUGUGGCGGGUCACCCCACCUAUCAUGCAAACGUGGUCAAAUUAAAACGCAUGAGAGGUUAUAUGGACAGGCGGGUUACCAUACCUAAGCUGGUUACCUCACCUACAUGGGGUCCCCCACCUCCAUGUAAACAGGCCCUGAUUUACACCUAUAUAACCCCAUUUUAAGUCACAGUCAGUAUUACACGAGCUCACUCAUCCCUUGACAGACUUCGCUUAACUUUAUUUUUUUUCCUUUUAACAGAUUUUGUUGGGACAAUAUUUUCCGCUGUGCAGGAGUGGUGAAGGUUUUCAGUCUUGCUGACGUGCUUUCAGUAUUGUUGACGUGCUUAAAGGAUUUAUUUAAUAAACCUUCAUGUAUUCUGUCCCUAACAGAGUGAAUCAGUUUAACUGUGUAGUUAAAACUGAAUUGAGAAAAGGUUAGGGUCGAAUCGGAGGGGGAAAUAGUAACUAAUGCAUACAUGAUGAUCUUUCUAUAAAAAAAAUUCUCUUUUUAUCGCGAGCUGGCCAAUCAGAGAGCUGCUUUGGAUAGGUGCUGGACGACCCCACGUCUGACCGACCGACUGUCUGUCCGCACCACAGGCAUACCAAUUUAAAAUAACUAAAUCAACAGUUAUGGCAACCCAAAUGCAACUUGAGGUUAUUUUGGCGAGAAAUCGCAUAGCCACCGGCGUCUUGUGAAGCAGAAUACCUGUUUUGAUAUACACGGAAAUAUUGAGUCGGGAAAAUUGAGAACAAGUUCAGAGUCGAUUCGGAGGAGAAGCUACUCGCGCGCGGGUUUGCUUAUUCACGAAACCAUGCAACACGAGCGACCUAAAAGACCUCAACUUUCAUACGAACGAAUUUCCAAAAUUCGUGUUAAUUUAAGUCGCGUUCAUUUUUGUAAACGUUAAUUUCCGUGCCAUUAAUUAAGUGGAGUUUUAAUUUCCGCGACCUAAAUUCCCUUUAUUUUAAGCCCCAUGAACUCUCGAUACACUUUUGACAUUCUUCACUCCUAAAGAAGAAGAGUAUUUUUUCAGGGUGGAGAUCCGCUAGUUUCAGUAAACUGGAACUAUCCGAUAUCCGACUCUCCGCGCUAAGAGAUCAGGGCGGUGCAGCUUCGCUCCGUCACAGAAAUCGCGCCAAAAUCCCCGCGGGGAGCUCGAUAUAUCCCUGGGUGGGGAGGUGCGGCGCGGCCCCUCAUACCCUGACCUAUUUAAGACAAAUAUCUCUGAUUUUCCUACCCUUUGUGAGACAGAAUUCCGAUUUUUGAUACCCUGUUUAACACAUUUAUCCUGUUUAAGACAAAAAUUGAUAAAUCGAUACCCUGAUUAAGACAAAAAUCCCAAAAAACAUACCUCACGUCUCCAUUAAGCCCUUACAAGGGAGUACCCCCCACCCCCGGGCCAAAAUCACUGUUCUGGUGUGUGGACGGAAGCCCUAUCCGGUAUUGUUUUCGUGCUGGCCCAAAAUUUCCGAUAUAGGGUAACUAUAGCUUUAAAUAUAAGGGAUUAGGUCUAAGCUCUUCAUUGUUGGUAAACGGGACAGUUUUUGAAUUGGUGAUAUUGGUUACUGGACUUUUGUCCCAUGCUUUUUGUCGAGUAAACUAGGAUAUUGACUAAUUGAUAACAAGUCUGCAAAUAUCCUGUUUUUUUCCUAAACCGGAGUUUGUGCGAGCCUGUGUGACCAUUAUGUCUCUUGACUCUUCCGUCAAAUAUAUUCCAUAAUGGCGAUGCGGCGAUGCUUGCGAUGUGUAACGAUGUGGAACAUAUCGACUGACUUGUUAUUAACGCCUUUGUUGAGAGGGUUUUCUCGUGAAAAGCACAGCUUAUGAAGUCUGAAUUGCUAUUUCAAUAAUUAGUUUCCAGAUUAAAGGUGAAGUAAUCCCGUCGGAGAAGACGGGCUGAUUUUCUUUCGAAAAUUUCGGAAAAAGUCUUUCUUCCAAAUUCCUUUGCUGUUGGAAGAAAAAAUCUUGAUAAUUCAAGGUAAAGAUAAACAUGAAACAUUUUUAAAUACUGAAAGUACAUAGGGGCGUAAAAUUUCGCGGGAUUAGGCUUGUGCAUCUGGGCAUUAUCGUUCUUAAUAGUGGCGGCCAUUCUUGAAUUUUAAUUGAAUUCUUUUUUGAGGGACUGCGUGUACAAAAGAGCAACUGCAACUGCACUUAUACACGACAUUUUCUUCAGAUUACACUUGGACUUCAGCUCAAAAGAGUAGUUCCCGUAGAUCAAGUGUGUAAUUAUUUAAAUGACAAAUUACCGGCAAGAAGAUCAUUUGUAAAUUCCACGAUCGAUAACGUGAAACGACCAGAAUAAUCAUAAGAUCUUCCAUCGGCACAAAUCAAGAGCUGUAAGCCGUCGAAAACAAAGGAUCCAUCAACGACAAAAAGUCCUUAUUAAAAUAAAUAAUGAACGCGGAUAAAUAGGAGUCACUUAUGACUAGAACUCUUCAAGAUGCGCCAAUUACAGAUAACAUCUUUUGUUUUUAAAGCCUUUACAUAGUGGUUAACCCAAACAGAUUUCCAUUUAACUAUCUUUCUCAGUACAGUCAAUCUGACGCACCCAAAAGGUAAGGUUUUAUCAAUACACUGGUAUGAGAUUUAUCUUAUUUUAACUCAGUGGUCAGGUUUGCUCGCAUCGAAUCGAUCUACUCUGAUUUGGGUUCAAAGUAAGUAAGAAGAAUACUUCUUGGCCAACAUGCCUUGCACCCUUUUACUAGUCUGUUAGCAGUACAAUGUAGAGAUUCGACACAACAAGAACAAAGAUCAUUCUCAUUUUAAAUUUUUUCUCAUCUUUGAGCUCAGUAAUAAUUUAAACUCUACGCGCAGUAGCAAUAAGUCUACCUAGCCGUUUUUGGUAUUUUCCUCCUUCCGAAAGGGUACCUUUUCCGGGAAAGAAGGGGGUGGGUGAUUUCACAAAUUGAAGUAUGUGAAAUAGUAGGGAAUUCUUUCACUUAGGUAUUUGAACUGAUGAGCUUGCCCGCCACAACGUGAACUGAGGAGUUUUAGUGCUGGUGAUUUUAAUCCUUAUCAGCUUGUGCGAGAUUCAAUCUCGCAAGCUAGCUCUCUAACUUGUGAUAAUAUUCAUGACACAAGAGUCUUCCACACGAUAUUAAAGAAGGUUACUUUGAAUUAUUCAUGCAUCGCCGACUUAAGUCGAAAGUGCUCAUAUGAAAGGAAUAACGUCCGUCUAAGCUCUUCAUUGUUUCUUUAAAGACAGGUUUUGUACUAGAGGUGAUAUUGGUAAUCUUUACACUAGGCCGUUAAGUAAAACUUCAGAGCCGCUAAGUUUGACUUAACCAAAGAUACGUGUGUGAAGGCCAAAGUAAUGUUAAUCUCAAUCUAUUUUACUUUUAGCCUGCGAAAACAUCCGUUUCUCCCCGCUCUUCGCCGCUGGGGACGUUUUGCGGGGAGGAACGUCUGCGACUCAGCGGCAGAAAUUCCAUACUGAUGACGCAAAGCAAUGUUUUUAUAAUAAAUCUGGAAGUCAUGGAGUUCCAAAUAUAAAUUUGUCCAAUGUUACGUGUCUUGUGGUCGAUUUUGGUAAAGUAGUGUGUUUAUCUGCCAACGAGCUCCAGCGAAACUCAAAUGCUUCUUCUAGAGAGAACUAUAUUCCACAAAUAUUGGAAGAUGAAACGAUUCAUGAAAAGUUACAAGUGACUUGAAAGCCGUGGCUUAAAACCGACCGGUUUCUUGAGCUUUGAGAAAGGCGAAGCAUGUCAAUCAAUCUUAAUUAUCCUAGAGUUAACCUGAAGUAAUAAAGAUAGGUUGUACUGUGAAACUUCAUUUUACUUGAAGAAUUUAAAAUUUACUUGUCUUGAAAAAUUUCUUAGCUUAUUUAGGAUCUAGCGUAAAGAUUACCAUUGGUUACUCAAUUUUUUCGCCACCUUGUUAACUAGAUACUCAUUUUAAUUAAUUAAUAAGACUAAUUAAUAAGAUGUUUGUUAACAACGUGUUUUUUCCGUCCUCUUCAGAAUGUAGGUUGAUGUUGUGAGUUCCGAGGCCCUCUUAAGAAUAAUGACCGAGCGCUUAGCAUAAUGUCAAAGAUAAUCAUAAUGAAGACAUUUCGAUGUCCAUAAUUCUUCAAAUUCUCAUCCAAUAAUUGCUAAAUAAUGUCGUUCUUAUCUAUUGUUUUACAGAUUUUCCGAACGAAUUCCCAAGAUGCUACGCGCACUGGUUAUCUUCCUGCUGAUCAUUGGCUUUGUAGCUGAAGCAAGGUUCCAUGGCAUCAACCCGUACCAACGACUUCUAAGUAAGUGUGUUAUCUAUCUUUUAAAUAAACAUGUACAGCAAUUAUUGCGGGGAGAAAGGCGAGGAGGGGGGCGUCCUAGCACUGGUUAAUCAAGGGGUCCCGGCUACGGGCCUGUUUCAGGGAUGAAAAGAAGAAAAGGAAGUUUUGUGGCUUCUACUUAGCCGACUAUUGACAUAGAGAGAGGAUAAUACAAUUUAACAGCAACGGUCAGCUACUCUGAGUAAACAUGAAGCACUCCACCCAGCUAAGACGAAUAGUCGAAACGUUCUUUUUCAUUUGUUGUUAUUGUCAGAUGUUCAUUUUUUGGCUUUGCUUCUGUAAUUUUCUUCUGUCUUUGGGUUCUCUUUCAUCAUUGAAAUUCGAUCAUUUUCGUCCUCACCUUGGGUUUUUUUUUUUAACUUGUUUCCCACGAAAACAACAAAACAACAGAACUCUGCGUCGAGUCACUAACUAAAAGAAAACAUUUCUGAUUAUUCAUCCAAAGCCAAUGGAAAUUCCUGCAAAAAACACCAUGGGGCUGUCAAUUAAAAAAGUAAAGUUUACUUCGGUAGAAAGGAAAAACCGUCAUUUGUCCUACAGUUUUACUCCUUUUCAUUUUUUCUUUGUUACUCAUAAAGCUCACAUUUAAACCUUUACUACGAGCCAAAAAUCAAAAUUUAUGCAAUAUAUGUAUUUUUUUUGUACCCAAAAUUCCGAAAAUAAGCCCCGGCCCCGGGGCUUAUAUUUUUCAAAGGCCCUUUUUGAGGGGCUUAUUUUUGGAGGGGCCUAUAUUCGGAAGGGCUUAUGUACGGGGGGAAAUUUGCGUUUCGGAAUCGAUUGGGCCAGCUUGUAGUGGGAAGGAAAUUUACCAGUUUUGGUUUGUUUUACUUUGUAUUCGAGUGCAAAUUCCAAGUACAAGCCCCCAGGGGGGCUUAUAUUCGGAGGGGCGAUUUAACGAAGGGUUUUUUAAGUUACGAUUUUCGGGGGCUUAUACAUGGAGGGGCCUAUUUUCGGAAUUUUACGGUCCGCUAUUCCUCACUUUCUAAUUGUAUUUGUAGAUAAUCUCAAGGCAGAACCAGUGCAAGGGCAGGCUUUUAAAAGGACUGGGAUAAUCAAGAACUGUGAAAGUAACAUAGCUGGUGGGGAGUGUACGACCAAUUUGGAUUGCGAAAACACACAUAAUUCUAAGAUAUGUGGAGAUGCUAGAUGUUCAGGUCUAAAUCAUGUGUGCUGCACUCAAAAACACAACUUGUGCUAGCCUUCACAGAAUUUUGAUGUAAGUAAUUCCUUUAUUGUACUCUUAAUGAUAAGCGGGCUUACUUUGCCGCACCAUUUUCAGGGGCACGGGCUGCUAGCUUACUGGAAAUGGGGUAAUAAAUCGGCAUAUGGCUACAAUAGUACUCACGCUCUGGUUGAUUGGUACUUGGAAUGACCGGGUAAUACUAGGUUGGUGUUCAAGGCAGAUACAAUCACAGGUGUCCCAAGCUCACGUUAAGAGUGUGUUAUGUAAAUUAACUUUCUCACAAGAGAGUCGGGUGGGCCGGAAGAUCUAAGAACCCCAAGAGAGUGACAGGGGUCAAACAAUAACAGCCAAAAAACCGACUAAAUCGAUGAAUUCACACCAAAAAACACAGGGAUACAUCAAAGGUAAGUCUCCUUAAUUUAUUUCAUAGAAAAAUAAGUAAGAAUAAUGAUAUUUAGCGUUCGCAGACCUCAGUAUUUUAUUUCUCAUACAAAGUCUCAACGGGCGCUUGUAACGCUACACCGACUCUCUUGUGAGAAAGUUCAGUUAAAUAACACACUCGUAACGUGAGCUUGGGAUGCCUGUAACACAAUCUGUGUUUUUAAACACAAAACUUGACAGUGGACAUUGCUAUCAUGGUCAAUUGACAGCUGUAAAGGAAGACUAUCCGCUGGCCAGAGUCAUAUGACUGCAUCGCGGACUUAAGUGCACACCUCGUUGAGGUCACGUGUUUUUUAAAGUUGUCCGCUGACGUGAGUUAAUUGAUCGUAGGCUCAGGUCAAUAAUUUCUCAUUGUCAAAGAAAAGGUCAUGUAAUAAAAAACUUAUUAAACUCGUCCGUUCGGUCUUUACAGGGAAAUCUCAGACCUCGGCCUUGUUGUAUUGAUACCGGCAAGGCCUCGGUUUGAGAUUUUCCUGUGAUGACCUCACCCUCGGUUAAUAAGUAGUGGCCUUAUUUCAAGAGGUAACGGUUAAACUGUCAAACUCAGUGAAGAAUAAAAAAACGAAUUUAUAUCAUGUACUGGGUAUCCAAUAUAUGGGACCGGUCAUUAUUUAUCGCCAGGGACGUGGGGGAGGGAGGGGGAGGGCAAGCAAACAAGGUGAAAUUUAGCAGAUCCCCGCUUUGAAUGUUACUUCACUGAAGUGAUCCCCCCUAAUAACUUUUGCUGACUUUCGCGAUCCCCCCCCCAAAUCUUCCUUUUCCAAGCAAAUUUGAGUGGUCUCCCCUCUGAAUCCUUCCAAAGUUUUCAGCCCUCCUUUUUGAGUUCUCAGUUACGACUGAUCCUCCCCUUUUGUUCUCCUAAAAAUCAAGUGAUUCCCCCUAAAAUCCUCCGCCGCCCCCUCCCCCAGGCGAUAAAUAAUGAGCGGUCCCUACAUGUUCCCUUAGGGCUUAACGAGGAGGUUGGAGGGAGGAGAGGCUUAGUAGAGAAGCAUUUCAACCCCAAAGCUUAGGCCGGGCAGACAUAAGGAAAGAGGUAGAAAUACCUAUAUAUAUAUUGGUCAACAAUUCUUGCGAGGUACAUUUGGAGAUACAGCAGCGAAGAGAAGCCGGAUUUUGGUGUAGAUCAGGAUCAGAAAUAAGGAAUAAAACUAUAAAUUAAAAGCAAAGCUGUUUACACAACCCAUUCAUAGCUAUCCGAUCAGCCUAGACUAAUUUACACCUAUCCGUUCUGAGCCGCGUUAUUGCACAAGCACGCCGUUUCCUUGACAGGCUUUCGUUAACUUUUCUUAUUUUUUUCCUUUCAACAGAUUGUGACAAAAUUUUCCGUGUGCUGGAGUGGUGAAGGGUUUGUUCUAAGAACCUACCAUCGUCUUUUCUAGUGUUUUCUAGUCUUUUGGAGAUUUAGUAUUCAUAAACACUAUUGUAAUACUGAAGGACUCACUGAGGACUAAUAAACUAUGCUGUAUUCCAUCACUGACAGAGUAGAUAUCUAACUGUCGUACUGAGACCCCCCCCGCCCCCCACGCCGCUUGCUUCACGUCUGUACAUGCGUUUCUAUCCAUAUAGCUACGAUUUAUGUCUGACUCAAUCGUAUUGCGGGUAUUUCGGCAAAUAUCGUCCACAUUUGGUCAACAUUAGGCCAUUUAACAGUUGUGUGCUCAGUGCCCUGGCCUUUGAAUAGAAGCGAGGCUGGCGGUGACCUUGUUUUGUUGCAAACCUUCCUGCUUUUCAUGUCCAAAUCGUGGUAUUCUCAUGCUAAUAAGCCUGUGAACAUGAUCAUUUACAUACAAAAAACAACAAGGUCUGUAACAAAACAGGGGCACCUAACAAGAGUAUAGGUCAAAACCACUUAAACAUUGCAUUGUUAAACGUAUCAUCCCCUAAAAAAUUUUCAUCUGUUCGGAUUUCCUAGCUGAAAGUCUAGUGAUCCGAAAAUUAUAGGGAUCAAAACUUACCUUUUCAAAAAUUUCAGCCAGAAAAAAAGCUCCCGAAAAUUCUAGGUGACCUUCUUAGGGUAAAAAUCCGUUAAAAAUAGACAAUUAUAACAUUUUUUAGAUGUUCGAAAAUCCUAGGAGAGGUAGGCAAGCAGGAAAUUUUACAACAAAUAAUCCGAAAAUUCUAGAUCUCAAAUCGUCUUCCGAAAAGAUAUUUUCCGAAAAUUGACGUUAGGUGCCUCUGAAAAAACAAGGUCACCGCGAGCCUCGCUUCUAUUCAAAGGCCAGGGCAAUGAGCACACAACUGUUAAAUGGCCUAGAGCUCGGGUUACGAAUACUGUAAUAUAAAUUAAAGAUAAACAUUUUGAAUUAUUGCCAUUACAGGGACUGUCGAUACAUAAUGAAGCACACUUGAUUUAACCCUAUUCUCACAAGGGAAAAGACGCACAAAAGCCUAGCAUCAAUGCACUUCCUAAAAUUCUCAGCGUGGCUCAGGGGAAUACACGGCAUACCCACAGACCUUGCCCCUUAGUUUUAAGAGCAGCCUGCUCGAUUAUUCAGCCAGUUCUAGUAAAGUUUAGGUCUCGCCACCCUCGAUAGCAGUUCUCGCUCCGACCUUCUCCCCGCAGCGAUGAGGCAUACCUUGUCUUACGCGCAAGGCCUGGCCGAUUCUCCCACAUCUUAUUGCCAACGAGGCAACCGAGCUAAGAAGCGAGGUUGACUCGGCGGCAGAAUUAUAACGCCGCGCAAUGUAGGCAAAAUUUCUCAAAUUCUGCGUAACCUUCUAAACUUUUCAUUUUUGACCAUAUUUGGGUGUAAGUAAGACCCCAUAUUUGGGUAUUGACGUCAUGGUCUUGUAUUUACAACUCGUGGUUCAAGAUUGGGUGAUUCAGUGUGCAGCUGUUCGUUGUCUGUUCAAGAGGAGCUAACUGGUGAGCAAGCUUUAAUACGUUUUCUAAUUUGAAAGGGCAAUUAGUGCUCUGGUUUGCUUUAUAAAUUGUGUUUAAAGCAGCAGCAAGGAAUAGGGUUUUACGCUGAAAUUUUUGUCAGAACUAGCUUGUUCUUUGCAGCUCGAUUAAUAUUGAGGUAGCGUGUUCGCUUCUCGACUCCGAACCAGGGUUUUCAGUGUUCUCUUUCCUUUGUGAACUUAAUUUUAAGCGGUAGUUGAUCAAGGCAUAAGGUUAUAUUCUCAAAACUUAUAUCAGAACCACCGUGAGGAAUGCAACGUAUUUGCGGACCUUUUUUAAAAAAAUUAUUUAUGUUUUUUGAGAGAUUUUGUCAACCAGCAUGUAUUUUUGCUGCUCGAUUUACAUUGAGACAGCCCAAAAUUCCCGUGAGGAAUGCAACGAAUUUGCGGACCUUUUGUUUUUCAGACUAUCAUUAUGAAUCAUUAUGCCUUUCAAGAGACUCUUUGUCCUGUGACACUCGCUCAUUAGAUCUUUGUAUUUUAUUCAAGUUUAUAUUUUUAUACCUCUGAUACAUUCCGCCCCAUUCGUGCCGCUUUUCACACAUUUUUAGUUUACACCAAUUUUUUUCUAAUGUAUAAUUACCACGAAAAAUAUUUUUCUUAUCCCUGAUGACGCUGUUGUUCGAAAUUUAAUUAUUAUUUUAAUUUCAGCAGUCAAAGGCCUCAUUUGAACUAUAUUUUUCUUUCUAACGUUUAUAGCUUUGAUACAAUGGAAUGUUUUAUGAAACAAAAGUGCUAACGUGCUCAUAUUUACCAACAAAGCUUCAAGCCAUGUUGUUAUUGUUUAAUAAAAGUGAAAGCUUAGAAUGUGCCAAAGUUGUUGUUUUGAAGUUGGGUACCAUCCUUUUCUAUAGCGGAAUUCAUUUUAAACCUCUAAAAUUAUGAAAGAAGAUCUGAAUGGGCACAUUCCACAACAGAUAAACCAAUUUCGCCUUGUUGGCACUUGCCGGAAUGUACCCCUAGUGUAUUUAGGUUAAUUUGGCUUUGUGUGCGAGUGUUCCGGGCUCCUGCGUCGGACCAGAAGGGCUAUGGUUUUUCUCUCGAAAAUUGGGGUGAAAAUUUUUUUUUUCCAAUUUCCUUCGCUUUUGGGAAAGAAAAAAUCUUCAUAAUUCAAGGUAAAGGAAAACAUGAAAGAUUUUACUGAACGUACCAGCGGACGUAAAAUUUCGCGGAAUUACGUAAACUUGUGCACUAUCAUUAUCGUUCUUAAUAGUGGCGGCCAUUCUUGAAUUUUGAUUGAAUUCUUUUUUGAGGGACUGCGUGUACAAAAGGGCAACCGCAACUGCACUUAUACAAGACAAUUUCUUCAGAUUACGCUAUUGGACUUUAGCACAAUAAAGUGAUUUCACAUGAGGUCACGGUGGCCAUAUUGGUGUCCCAAAACAAUGAAACCGCGGCCAUGUUGGUGUCCCAAACCAAUCCUGUGGGAGUUGAACUCCUUUCUUAUGCAAACGCUUUCUUUUGUUCCAAUAAAUUUGCAUCCAUGCUGGCCACAUGAGUGAAAACACUCUAUAGAGUAGGUCCUGUAGAUCAAGUGCGUAAGUAAUCACAAAUUACACACGGAGAUUAUUUUUAAAAUCCACGAUCGAUACUAAAAUUAAAGACCGCAAUGAUCAUUCGGAUCUUCCAUCGGCACUAAUUAAGAGCUGUAAGCCGUCGAAAACCAAGGAUCCAACAGUGAAAAAGUCUUUUGAAAAAUAAAUCAAAAGCAGAUAAAUAGGAAUCAUCUAUGACUCGAACUCUUCAAGAUGCACCAAUUGACCACUCCAGAAAAUACCAUAACAUACCACUAAUAAUAGUUGACACUACAGCUGCCCCCAUUCUGUAUAUUGUCGGUCAACAGUAUUCUUGCUGAUUGUGUAGCUCUUUGAAAUAUACCGAUUCAUAAUGAAGAUUUUCACACAUAUUCCUUACAACAGGUGAGAUAAAUAAGAUAAAUACAGGAAACGCAAGGUUCCAUGCACAGUUUCAGCUCGAUUUACACAGCUUUGAUCAAAACAUGCUCAGUUUCGAGAAUAGUUUAUUCUAAACCAUAAGAAAAGAUUUAAUUAGAAGUUGAAUUUUUCGCUAUUUCUCUUUCCCUUUUUACAUUCAGUUCAUUUUACUUGCCGGAAAGUAAGCCUCAGAAAUUAAAACGACGUUUUAUUGAUUCACGCUAGCGCAUUCUAGUCUUAUUUGAAACUUUAUAACGGAAGGACAUCUGUGAGCAGGGAAUAAGUCAGCACAGAAUUUGAUUGUCGGCGAAUUUCUGUAAAUGUCCAUCAAUCUGCUAGUGAUGAGCUAGCCGUUUUGUUUGUCACCCCAAAAUUUUGCAUAAGCAUUGUCUUCAGUUUCUCUUGGGAGUUAAAAUGGCGCCAAGAGAAACUGAAAACAAUGCUUAUUCAAAUUUUUGGAGUGACAAACAAAGAGCGUUAUGGUAUGUUACGGUAUUUUCUGGAGUGGUCAAUUACAGACAACAUCUUUUGUUUUUAAAGCCUUUAUAUGUUGGUCAACACAAGCAGAUUUCCAUUUAAUCAUCUUCCUCAGAACAGUCAAUCUGACGGGCACAAAAGGUAAGGUUUUAAGAAUACAAUGUUAUGAGAUUUGUCUUUAUAUUCUGACUAGUCAGGUGCGUUCCCAUGGAAUCAUCUACUCCGGUUGAUUGGUAUUCAAGUAGGAGAAUACUUCUUGACCAACAUGCCAUUGUACCCUUACCAGUGUGUUUCGCAAUACAAUUUUCCAGGGAUUUGAACCAAUAAGAACAACGAUUAUUCCCAGUUUUUUUUUUCUCAUCUUCGAGCUCAAGCUCUGCGCGCCAUGAUAGCUAGUACAUCUAGCCGUUUUUUCAGUAUUUUCCUUCGUCCGAAAGGGUACCUUUUAUCGGAGUAAAUUUGAAGUAUGUGAAGAGGUGUCUAGGGAAUUUUUUCACAGGUAUUAGAAUUGAUGAGCUAGCCCGCCACGACGUGAACUGAGGAGUUUUAGAGCAAGCCUCAAUCUCUCAAGCUCUCUAACUUGUAAUAAUAGUCAUGAUAUUCUCAUGACGCCAGAGUCUUCAAACACGAAAAUAAAAAACGGUGAGGGUAAAGGCGGCACCAGUUUGCGGAGUGGCUUGUGGCAUGGCUUGCGGAAUGAAACAAUUAUGCGGAAUGUCAUAUACGCAGAAUGACCCAAAGAAAUAAAUUAAACUUAAAAGUGCGCCCUUUUUUGGCGCCAAUCAAUUUGCAAACGCAGCCGCUGUUUUAAUGUUUCGAGCUGGACAUACGAAGGCACUGAUAAAAAAAAAAGUCACGAAGUGUCAUUGCAUAUUAGCCUUUUCCGCACAGCCACGACUAUAUUAAUGGUUCAGACGAGUGCGUGGGCCUGCUGCAACGUAGGCUAUCUUUUCAUGAGCCGAACCUAAUACAUUGAAUUAAGUACAUGAAAAGUUCGGCGCCUAGCCCAGCCGGGAUUUUUGCCUUUGGAGCGACUAUGAAACGGCUUUGAUUCAGACGCCGAACUUUUCACGUACCGAACCUAUAUAUAUAUAUAUAUUAUUAUAACGUAUUAUUAUAACGCAUUUUGCAAGCAGUUUGACCGAAAUGAACAUUUUUCGCCUUUUGAACUUAGUUCAGCUGCAAUUAAGAUCGGCGUCUGAAUCAAUUCAGCCGGCCUAAUAAUUUGGGGUCGGCCUUAAUUCGAAUUAGGUUCGCCUCAAGAAAAGUUCGGCGUCUAAACCGGGCCUUAUAAUAACAUUCAUGUCGCCAGUGUCUUCCACACAAAAAGGCCGGGUGUGAAAAUAGUCAACGCCGACGGAAAACGCGAACUUUCCGUACAAACGGCACAUUUCGUCUAAAAUAAGACGCGGCUUAGCUAAGACGCGUCUUAUUAGAUAAGACACCGUCGUAUAAAUGGUACAGUUCGUGUCUUAUUUUUCCUCGUAUAAAUGGCCCUAAUAAGUCUAAUUAGCAAAAAAGCAACAUUGCACGUGCAGCACACUUUUCUUGUACAUUUCUUUGCCGUUGUUUUUCACGACUACAACGUGAAACUUCCAGAAACCUCUUAGUUACACGUUUUAUUCGUUCACUUGUUUUUCACUGCCGCUCAUUUUCACCUUGCAUUGGUGGCCGCUAGCAUUUCUCAUUUUGUCACCGCCGUUACAAAAUUUUCAUGUUGUUCUUCCAAUAAAAAAAACAAAUUUGUGGACAUGACAAUUAAUCUAAGCUUGAUACUUUAGAAAACACGGAUACAGAGACAAUUUUCGCUUUCCAUUUUCCUCUUCAUCGACUCUUUAGUUAUUUCCCGUCGAAAAUAACCUCGAGUUGCAUUUGGGUUGCCAUACCUGUUGAUUGAGUUAUUUUACAUUGGUAUGCCUGUGGUGAGGACGGACGGUCGGGCGGUCGUUCGGUGUAGGGUCACGUGAUUACCAAAUUUUCUCGGAUGGGUAGUUUACCACAUUUUCUUACCCAUGGUGCUCCGCUGCGCACGCUUCGCGCGAGAGCUCCGCUAUUAAGGGGCAAUACCCGUUAAUUGUUCCGAGGCCUUCUUAAAAAUAAUGACCGAGCGCUUAGCAUAUUGUCAAAGAAAAUCAUAAUGAAGACAUUUCGAUGUCCAUAAUACUCUGAGUCUUGUCCAAUAAUUGCUAAUAGUAAUGCAGAGAAUUCCCAAGAUGCUACGCGAGGUGGUUAUCUUCCUACUGAUCAUUGGCUUUGUAGCUGAAGCAAGGUUCCAUGACAUCAACCCGUACCAGCGACUUCUAAGUAAGUGUGUUAUCUAUCUUUUAAAUUAAUAUGCACAGCAAUUAUUUCGGGGAGAAAGGCGGGGCGGGGUAAGGGGCGUUCCAACACUGGUUAAUCGAGAGGUCAGUAGCACCACUAAAAUUGGGGAAAAGAAGAAACUAUUUCAAAGUUUUGUGGCUUCCACUUAGCCGACUGUUGACAUAGAGAGAGGAUGAUACAUUUAACAGCGACGGGACUACUCUGAGUAAACAUGAAGAGCUCUACUCAUCAGCUAAGACGAAUGAUCGAAAAGUUCUUUUUCAUUCGUUGUUACUGUCAAAUGUCUAUUUCUUUCCGUUGCUUCUUUUAUAUAUUUUCUUCUGUCUUGGGGUCUCUUUCAUUGACACUCGAUCUCUUUCGUCCUUCUCUUCGUGGGAUUUUUUGAACUUGCCCACGGACAAAAAAACAUGAAAAAAACAAAUGAACUCUGCGUUGAGUCGCUAACUAUAAGAGAAACAUUCCUGAUAAUUCAUGAACCGGCCGUGGAAAUCCCUCCGAAAAACACCAUUUGGCUGCCAAUCAAAACAGUAAUUUUUACUUCCUGUAGAAAAGAAAAACCGUCAUUUCUCCUUCAAAACUUACUCUUUCUCAUUUUUCUUUCUAUUUCAUAAAGAUCACACUAAAACCUUUACUAUGAGCCAAAAAUCGAAAUUUCUACAAAAGUUUUCUUCUGAGCCGGGUAUCUGGUAACCUUUAAAUAGUUUCCUCACUUUUCAAUUGUCUUUUGUAGAUGAUCUCAAGGCUGAACCAGCCCAAGAGCCCCAGACUUUUAAAAGGAAUUUGGUCAAGAACUGUGAAAAAAACAUACAUGGUGGGAAAUGUACGACCAGGCUGAAUUGCGAAUCCGGUUUAUAUAAAGGCUCGAAGAUAUGUGAAGAUGCUCGAUGCCUCUAUGUAAAUAAAGUGUGCUGCACUUACAAAUACAACUCUUGCUAGCCUUCACAUGAUGUUGAUGUAAGAAAUUACUUUAUCGUAAUCUUAAUGAUAAGCGGGCUUAUUAUUAUUAUUAUUAUUAUUAUUAUUUUUUGCACCAUUUCGAGGGGCACAGGGAAUAAUAUAUAAAUAUGGCGACAACAGUACGCGCGUUCCAGAUUGUUGGUUCUUGUAAUGACCUGGCAUUACUAGCUACAUUGUAGGUGUCCAAGGCAUAUACAAUCUGAGUUUUUGAACACAAAACUUGACGGUGGGCAUCCAUAUUAUGACCGAUUGACCCCUGUCAAAAAAGGCUAUCCACUGACUAGUGUCACAUGACUGUAUCGCGGACGCAGGUGUACGACUCAUUGGGGUGACGUGUUUAUUAAAAGUUAUCCGCUGACGUGAAUUAUUGGUUUUUAAUAGAUCGCAGGCUCAGGUCAAUAAUUUCUUAUUGUCAAAGAAAAGGCCAAAUGAUAAAUAACUUACAAGGAAAUAUCAGACCAAGGCCUUGUGUAUUGACCUCGCUAUCGCUCGGUAUCGCCCGGUCAAUACGUCGUCAAGGCGUCGGUCUGAGAUUUCCCUGUAAUGACCUCUCUCUCGGUUAAUAAGUAGUGGCCUUAUUUCAAGAGGUAACGGUAUAACUGACAAAGUCAGUGAAGGAUGAAAAUCGAAUUUAAAUCAUGUACUGAGUUCCAAUAUAACUGUUCCCUGAGGGCUUAAUGAUGAGGGGGAAGGGAGGGGAGGCUUAGUAGAGCAGCAUUUCAACCUCAAAACUUAGAGGUGGAGAGACAUAAGGAUGGAGGUAGAAAUUAAUCUCGUACCCAGAUCUCUUGUUGACGAAGCCUAAGGCGAGAUCUGAUCAAAUCCGAUCUGUACACGUGAGUGCCUGUCAGGAAAGUAGCAGGUGAUCAAAGAGCGCAUGCUCGAAAUAAAUCUUAAAUUUUCAACGUUUUAAGCAACGUUACGAAUUUGAUAGAGCCGUGAAGUUUUUUCUAACAAAACGUGGUCAUACUCGCAUCUUAAGUAUAAAACAACUAACUUUUUGUUGUUUUUGUUCCUUUUAACAUCAAAUUCAACGCGACGAACAGUUAUUUUGAAUUUAAUUAUCCUUGCGCGCGUUAAAACCUCAAAGUAGUACACGUCAAUUUCUACUCGAGAAUUUUUUUUAUACCCUCUUCAAAAGUUUUUAUUGACACCGAGAGGGAGUUUUUAAAUAAAGUCUCUUGAGACGGAAAACUACUUCUUUAGUGAAAAUAGUUACUUGAACAGAAUUAAUUAAUUAAACACGCCAUAGCGCGCGCAGGUGACAACACUCGCGUCAUUUUCUCACAAUCAGUAGCCAAUCAAAAAACUUGAAUUUUCUUACUUGGCCUGAUCUCGCCUUCGGCUUCGUCAACAGGAGAUCUGGGCAGGAGGUAGAAAUACCUCAUAGCUAACUAUCCGAUCAGCCUUUCCUAAUAUCAUUCUACACCUAAAUAACCCUGUUUAAUUUUAAGCCACGUUAUCACAAGCACGCCGUUUCCUUAACAGUCUUUCCUUAACUUUGCUUAUUUUUCCUUUCAACAGAUUUUGUUGUUUUCCUCGUGCUGGAGUGGAAGCUACUAGCUUCUUUUUAGUGUUUGCCUUUGGAGGAAUUCAGUAUUCAUAGAAACCAUAAGUUGUAAUGCUGAACGACUAAUAAACUUUUUUGUAUUCCGUCUCCGACAGAGUAAAUAUCUAACUGUCGUAUUACGCCUCCACCACGACGCUUCUUGCUUCACGUCCGUUUCCAUCCACAUAGCUAAGAGUGACGUCAAUCGUAUUGCGGGUAUAUAUUUAGGGUGUGUUCCUUUCGGCGAAUCCAAAAACGGAUUUUUGAUCCUAGAUUUGCCAGAUUUUGCGGUCGAAAGGAACGUGAAAUCCGAAAUUGGAUUUGUAACCUUGGUGACCUUUCGCCAACGCGUGCAAUAUGCAUGACAGCCUCUCAAGAAAUGACGUGUUCAGGGGCGUAGCGUGGGAUUUUGAAGAUGUACGCACGAAAAUAAAUAUUAAAUUAUGCGAUUAUACAGUGCAGAAUUUAGUGGUCGGCAGUUCGAAUAGCGACGAUCGAACAUAUAAAACAGACAAAGAAAGAAGCGCAUUAAAAUUGAAAAUUAUCUAAAGAAUGUCGGCCAGUUUGAUCCAGUUCCGUAGCUCGGAUUUUUUUUAUGUAACACGAUCGAGUGCCUGUCGCGUCUACAAGCGAGUUUGUAGUCAGAUAGCAGUUCAUUUGUUACUUUUACUUAUUUCUGAUUUCAAGCAAUCUUUAGAGACAAAUGGUUAGUAUAUAAUGGAUAUUUUAAUGUACCAGGAACAAUCGUCUCGUGUUUUCAGAUGUUUUGCGGCAAAUGACAGCAACGAGGAAACUCUACGGCGUCUAUCGGAAUACUUCAACUGGAAAUACCGCUGGAUCAUCUGACUAAUUUCGGAUCCACUGUGAAUGGAACAGCGUAGAUCACUAAUCCGUUAAUCUGGAUUUGGAUUCUUCGGAUUUCAAAUCCAAUGAAUCCAGGAUUCACCAGAUCAAAAAUCCGGAUUUGGAUUUGUCGAAAGGAACGCGAAAUCCGUUCUUAGAUCUAAAAUCCGUUUUUGGAUUUACCGAAAGGAACACACCCUUAGAUAUGGCGCAAUUAAAUUAGAAAACGUCAAAUCGUACAAAUACCUCAGACUAAUAUUGAGCCCGCAUGGAAAUUUUAAUCACGCAAGACAGGAAUUGAAAAAAGUUGCACUCAAAGCUCAAAUUGCCGUUUUCACACUAGAGACGGAUUAUCCGUCUAAGACAUACGUCUAGAUGAGAAAACGGGACGAUUUUCAAUUUGGACGGAUAAUUUGUCUGAUUUUAAUCCGUCGAAGGCGGAUCAAUAAUCGUCUCAAAUUCACACUAGAAGGAUAACCGCAUCCCAUUUUUCUUCCUACUCUCGUCAGUGUCUUCUCGCUUUCCAAAAGACACUGGCGACGAGGUUGCUUUUUACUUGCGUCGUGGGAUUCGUAGAACAAAACGUGGCAUCCAAAGUGAAAGCACCGACACGCAAGGAUAAAGAUAAAUCACAAAGAAUAGAAGAUGGAGUUAAGGUGAAACCUUCAUUUUUUGCCACAGUAUUAUCCUGGUUAGAUGGAGGAGACAAGCCUUGGGCUCUAGACUUGGAAAAUCUUACUUUGAAGAAAAAGUAGUACAUUUAAUGGAGUAUUCAAGUUUUCUUUUCCUGGCGGCCAUUGUAAUGGAUUGGUGACAGCGCCAGAGCGUUAGACUACGAACAGUCUCUCUUUUUUCUGAAGUCUGUCGAGCAAAAGGCGAGACACACAAAUGCCAACGCGCGUGACUGAUGGCGUGAGACGGGAGAGGCGCCCUCGUUUCGCGCGUCUCGCGGCUUCGCCGCUCGCGCGCGCGUGCACUCCCCUUACUAAAUCUGAAGAAAAAUAGACUGCUCGCAGUCUACCAGAGCGUCGAAGGCUUGGUUUUCCUUAGGUUCAUCCGUCUAAUGCUGCCUCCUCCACGGGCUUUACCAAGGCUAAGAAGGGAUUAGAGAACAAGCGAGAGGGGGAUAAUGGAAGCGAGCGUAGAGCGCGAGCGGGGAGUGAUGGGAAAUCAUCUCUCCUUUAAUCCCCGCUUUCCUUGAUAAUUAACUCAAAUAUCCCCCAAAAAGUUAUCGCGUGCGACUGGCGACGAGGCAGCGUCUAAUGUGAAUCCGUGACAAUUAAGGCAAAUUUAAAAUCUUUAUCCUUCUCGAAUUCACGUUAAAAAGACAAAUAUAUCAGACGGAUUAUCUGUCUCUAGUCUAUGGUGUGAAAACGGCCUUUAUUUAAGCUCUGCCGCUUUGGGGUUUGGACAGAUUUCAAAUGUAGUCACACGAGAAGAAACCUCUGGGGUUAACUUAUCAUUUUCUUUUUCUAAGAAUAGCGACUACGAUAUCAAAACAACAGCUAAAUCCAUUUCAUUAAAUUCUUUAUUUUUGCAAGAUAUGAUUACGUAAAAGAACAAACAAAAACACUAGUAACUGAUCAAACUAUAAAAAAUUGAAAUCACGAGUAUUAUGCGAUCAACUUUCGUCUUUGUCAGGACUGCGACUCUGUUAAGCACCAAUCAGUGUCCUUUUAAAAUAAUAAUAUAUAGCGAGAGUCCGUAAUAACGGCGGGAUGCAGGAGGAAAUAUCCUUGAAAACAUAUGUUUGUCUUUAUACUUUGUUUGACUGUAGAACCGACUCUAACUCAGAAAUAACAGGGAGUUUACUGCAAUCACUAUGACGACGGCAAUGAUAACGUCAUAAACUUAGGUUUUAUAAGAAAAACUUACAGAACAACUCUGCACUUGCGGCAAUCCUUCUGGAACAUUUCUGCGACACUGCACGACUACAACUUGAAAUUUUCUAAUGUCCUUGAGUCCUUACACUCUAAUAAGAUGUGUAUACGUUUCCGUAUCGAUCUACUUUCAAGAGCGUUUUCAAAUCAAUGCGUUUUCGAUGAAAACGCUCGGCGUAUUAGCGUGGACGGAAAGGCCGAUACGCAUCGAAAUGUACGCGCUUUCUGUGGAUGGGGUCUGCUGCAAUGCGGCUAAAUUGCCUAUUCCGUGAGUCCUUUAAAUCAAGAGUCCCUAAGAGCAGGGUUUUUUUUUCAGUCAAGGCCUCGAUAUAUUUUGCCGGGGAUCAGUUAUGUGCUGUCCGUCAGUGUUGGGGUGUCUGUAAUAGCAAGGUGUCAUGAUCACCAAAGCGAAAGUUGACUGUAAUGAUAAAUGCAAGUUUCUCAGAAUACAUUAAACCAAUUAACCAUCCCUUUCACCAUUAUACUAAAUGAGCAACUGUUGUAGGCGGAGCGCCUAUCUUGCACAUUGAUACUGCAAACGGGCCGUCACGAUGAAAUCUGUUCAAAAAAUAAAUUACAAAGAACAAACUAUAAGAGAGACUUAUCAAGGGAGCUAGAAUUGCAACUGAUUGGAGCUUAAAACGGGAUAUACUAUGUACUUCCAUCUAGCCUCUAAAGCAGGUGUAUUUUUUUGGGCGCGGGCGAAAGAUGCUUGUUUUCAUUGUGUUGUCGUAGAUUAGGGAGAACCGGAAAUGGUAACUAUACUAGGGGUCUUGACGCUGUUAAACGAGAGAAAUUUCCUUGAACAAGGUACUUUAACGCCAAGUUGUCACUUAUACUGUUUAAUUUUUACAUAUUAACAGCAAAACGCUGUGGUACUCUACUAAAAUAUUCCGCUCGAUGAAAUCUUAAAACAGGGUGGUGUUACAAUCGGCUCAAUUUUUCAGCAGAAUUUUACUCGUGGAGGGGGGAGCUUUUACAACAACAUACAUCUCAUUAUUCUCAGGAAAAAGCAAACAUAGUUACAUUUAUCUUAUUAUUUUAUGAACCAUUACCAAUAUUGUUUCCACUCAGGGGUAAAUGAGAUCCUCUAAACAAAGCAAAGAGUGUCUACCGAGCUGGGCCUUUGUGGCCGCGGUUAGGUCUGCCCCUUCUCACAUCAAACCCUUGCCUGAGAUUUUUUAGAACUUAAUAUGGCAGUUAAGUGAGCGGAAAUCCUCACGUACCCGAAUAAAACGCUUGUAGUACAGGCAGAUUUUCACCCAAAACUCCUCACACCUUGCGUUACUGUCGUUUUGAAAUUAAUGAAUUAAUCUAAUUAGAAUAACUGAUAACAAUAAAAGAGCCUUUUCUUACAUCAUCAGUUGCACCGGCGGUUAUUGUUAGCGCAACACACUUGAUUUGGGUACGGACACCAGCCAUCACAUAUCGUAUCAAGACCACUGACUCCCAAAUCGCAAUUUAGUGCGUCCACACAUUUCCCGCGAAUAAAGUCAUGGACGCAGUUCUUAAAUCCUCGUGAACGAAGAGACUUUUGGUCCUCAAGUUCUUCCUUGAUACGGUCUUAAAAUAAAAAUAAUGAAAAUAAUAAUAAUGACAAUGACAAUGAUAGUGAAAAUGAUAAUAAACAAUUUUUAUUGCAAAACUUUUAUGUGUCAGUGAGCGAAAGUAUCACAGACUGGUAUGAAUACAUGUGCAGAUUAAAAUGUAGCACUAUUACUAUAACGUAUACAGAGCAAAAAGUUUAAAUAUGGGAACAAAAAUAUAGCAACGUUUCUACGUAAACUAUACAAAACAAAGGUGAUCUGACAUUCAAAAAUAAAUUUAUAAUGCGAACUUAAAAAAAGACAAAAGAGGCAAUUGAUUUAAUUUGCUUCGAAAGACUGUUCCAAUCUUAAGCUGCUCCAUACUGAAUGAGGUACUGUGG